GCGAGCGCCUCCUGCCAGGAGUCGACUCGCGGGAGCGCCCCUCCCCUCGGUCUACUCGUGGCCUGCGCAGGCGCAAGGCCGCAAGAUGGCGGCGGCUGGAGCGGGCCGUCUAAGGCGAGCAGCGUCGGCCCUGCUGCUCCAGAGCCCGCGCCUGCCGGCCCGGGAGCUGUCAGCUCCGGCCCGGCUCUAUCACAAGAAGGUUGUUGAUCAUUAUGAAAAUCCCAGAAACGUCGGGUCUCUUGACAAGACAGCUAAAAAUGUUGGAACUGGAUUGGUGGGGGCUCCAGCAUGUGGCGAUGUAAUGAAAUUACAGAUUCAAGUGGAUGAAAAGGGGAAGAUCGUGGAUGCCAGGUUUAAAACGUUUGGCUGUGGUUCUGCAAUCGCCUCCAGCUCGCUGGCCACCGAGUGGGUGAAAGGAAAGACGGUGGAGGAAGCCUUGACCAUCAAAAACACGGAUAUCGCCAAGGAGCUGUGCCUCCCGCCAGUGAAACUGCACUGCUCCAUGCUGGCCGAAGAUGCAAUCAAGGCUGCCCUGGCUGAUUACAAAUUGAAACAAGAACCCAAGAACGGAAAGGCAGAGAGCAAGUGAGCCCCUGGCAAAGCUGCCUGCAGGACGCCUCUGCCGCUUGCCCGCCUGCCCGCCCGCCGUGCAGCCUCCGGAGAGUUCCCGGUGGCAGAGCCACGCCCGCGCACAGCCUUCGCUGCUCUUGCUGUGGCUCUGAUGCACGCAAAAUACACAGUUUAAAUGCU